UAAACAUUAUAUAAUCUCCUAUCGUAAAAUAUGGAGAAGACAGAUAUCAAGAAAUACAUCUCAUUUGACUGGGACUUAUUUGAUUCAUCCACUUCAAAGUCUGAAGACUCAAAGACAAGCUAUGGCUUUGAGCUCAGUGAUGUAGAUGUGAGUGAUGAUUAUGAUCCGACUGUGAUUUAUGGUAAGAUCGAGGAAGAGAAACAGAAGCAGAGCUCAUACUCAAGUACCACAACAAGAGCCAUGACUAAGAUUAGUGAUAAUGAUGCUGUCAGUAAGAAAAGGCGAAAAUAGAGGAAAAGGGAAGAAAAUGAUCGACCUCGCCUUAAAAGACAUUCAAGAGUCAAAAGAGUGUGAGUCGACCCAGCUAGAAGACUUCAAGACUGAGGUAGAAGACGGGUCAAAUAAGGGUAAGAAAAAGAAGAAAUAUAAGAACAAAUAUACUAAGAAGUGGAAGGAAAAAUAUGAAAAAUAUUAUAAAAAUAAGAAGAAGUUUAUACUAGAUUUAAUUCGUGAGGAGGAAGGCCCCUUCUUGUUCAAGCUACAGCUGCAAUACCACCAUCGGGUGUCAAAAAAGAAGAGUAAGGAACCUAAAGAGACACUGGCAGAGGCGGAUAAGGAUGGAAAUACAAUCCCAGCUGAGAAACUAAAGUCUAAACUUCUUGCUUUUUUCAAAGCUUCCCAGUUCAAACCUGAAGAGGGAGAGAAGCAGAAAAAGAUGAAGAAGGAGCAUGUCAUAUUGAAUUAUGACAAAAUCAAGAUCACAAAUCCUAAGAAUAAUCAAUUGAAAGCUUUUGUUACAGUUUACAGCAGAGAGGAUGGUGUGCAGUUAUAUGACUAUUUCUUCAAACUCAAGAGUAAGAAGUUCUCCUCCGCUAUCUAUCUCAUCACUAGCAAUGAGACUCUUAAAAAGCAUACUAUACGGGAGAUGAAGAAUCAUGAGGAGAAGAAGAAAAAGCAAAAGGAAAUCAAGCAAGCUGAAGAGAUCGCUAAGAUUGAAAAGGAGAAACGGCUGGACCCGAUUGAUGAGAUUGAUGCCAAACCAGACCAACUUUCUGAAGCCCCUACUGACGAAUACUGCGAUGAGGCUGAUAAUGAAGAGGACUAAAGGGUACUCUUUGCUUUAACUAUGCUAAUCUUACCAUC